AUUUGGUACAUUAUGGCGCGGUACAGAGUGCCAGGAAGAGGUGGCUGGGAGCCGUCUCUCAUUGCUGGGUAGCAGCGCCGCAGCAACCAAAUUGCAUGGCGCUGCUACACGAAAAAAAGGAUAAAUAUGUCCAGUCAAAAUUUAAAGAAGUGGAUACCUCUUAAGGAGGGCACUUUGAAAGUGUUAAAUAUAUCAAAGCAUAUACAAGAUGCACAUUCAGAGAGUGAGGAGGAAGUAGAUCUAAACACAGGAUGCUCAGAUGAAGUAAUGAUAAUUGAAGACAGUAAUGAGGAAUGUUCCUCUUUGGAUGUGGAGGAGGAAGAUAAAGAAGGGUAUAGAUUAUUUCAAACCGAGGCAUUCAAAGGGCUCUUAGAGUCUUGCAGACUUCAGGUUUGGAAGGGCAUGCACAGGAUUCAAAAGAUAGUGUAUAAUAGAUAAAGAUAGAAAUACAGCUUCACUAUUGAGGCUAAAGUUUAUGAGAGCUGAUUUCAGUCAGUUUAGGGAAAUAAUGGGUGUAAUUCCAUAGUGAGCAAUACUAAAGAGAAAGAUGUUGAUGAUGGAUGGGAGUUUCUUAAAAAUGAAAUGUUAAAGGCACAAUUUCAAACAGUUCAAAUGAGGAGGAAAAGUGGGAUGUGCCUAAAGAAACCAGGUUGGGUGUCUAAAGAAUUUUAAACUGAGCUAAGAUUUAAAAAUAAUAUGUACAAGAAAUGAAAAGGGGGAAAUCACCAAAAAAGAAUUCAGACAAAUAGCCAGCUCAUGUAGGGAGAAAGUCAGACAAGCUAAAGCUGAGAACAAGGUCAUGCUUGCUAAAGAGAUUAAAAACAACAGAAAGGGGUUUUUGGUUUGUUUGUUUGUUUUUGUUAUGUCUAUAGCAAAAGGAAAAACAAGGAAAUGAUAUGGCUGCUGCAUGGAGAAGAUGCCAGAUGCUAAUAGGAGACAGAGAAAAGGCAGAACUACUCGACACCUUCGCUUCAGUCUUCUUGAAAAAGGAGAACAGUGCUCAGCCUAGGAAAAAUGAAGGAGAUGAUGCAGUAAGGGAAAUGCAGCACAGAAAAGGCAGAGACUGUAGUAUAAAAAAUAAAGGAGAUUGGCCAGUGAAAGGAAGAAGAGAUCCCAAAAGUCCUUGUCUGAGGGAAGCAACCUUUCAAAAUAGUGAGAGCAGAAAAAGAAGGGGCAGUACUUUUCCAAAUCAGCAGAAUGCAUAUUCACCACAAAAAUUUCCACUGCCAAGUAAAGAAGAAAGAAGAGAGUCAAUCCAAUCAUCUGUCUGCAUGGACUUAAAUAAGAAUCAUAUGAACAGCUUUCAGCAGGAAGAUAAUCCCCACCCUGUGGAGUUGGAUAGUACUGAAAAAUUCACCACCAUUAAUCAGGACACUCUUGUCAACUGUCCAAAGGAAAACUUCUCAAACUCUUCUCCCUGCAGAAGUCAGCAUUCUGUCAUCAGAAAAGACAAGGAAGUGUCACCACUCACCACCUCUCCUAGAAAGAAGAAAUUGAAUAUAAGUCUGCCUCCAGAAGAGCCAUUAAAUGAACCUGAAAGACAUAAGGAGACAAUAGAAUCUGCUGAGCCAAUUGUCGUUUCUAGUGAUGAAGAAGGUACUGCUGAAGCAAAAGAGCCAAAAAAAUAUUUCCAGACUGGGAAAAGCCAUCUUCUCAUGAAGAAAGAAUCAGAACAAGUUUCAGAACUACCUUUGUCAGAAGAACUAUCAGAGAGUGUAACUGAAGGCAAAACAGAACAAGUUUCAGAUGAACCACUUAAACUUCAGCCCUCAACAGACUGUAGCACCUUCAGCGAACUGGUGGACCUUGUCUUAGAUAUAAAGUUUGAAAACCUUUUCAUUGGGAAAUAUAAAGGAAGAGCAACACAUUGUGCUAGAUUUACAACUGGAUACAUUAAGAUCCCAUUUGAAGUAAUCCUUAAUAAGAAAAUGGAACUGUCAGUGGAUUUACUGCAUUUAAGAAGGUUUGGACUGUGGACAAAUAGUCAUCUGGGGAGUAAUGUCAUCAUUUUUCUUUGGCUGUCAUCAGAUUAUGUGGAACAAAUUGAAAAAGAAAUAGGAACAUCUAUAUUAAACAAGCAAGCUAAGAAUACUGAAUUCAUUUUUAUUACAAGGUCUCAGCCACUCACAGAAGAAGAACAAAUCAUACUGAAGAAGAUAAUUGUGGAAGUGAGCAAGAAGAACUCUUUUCCAGAACUUACUGAAUGCAUACCGUGGGAGCAAGCAAUUAAAGAAAUUCCACGUGAAGAAAACUCCUUCAUGAAUUAUUGCUAUCCCUCAUUUCAGCAGCAGUUGCAAAAGGACAUUUUAACAGAGCAGCCACACCAGGAAUCAAAAGCAAUCCUCACCAAACCCAAUUACACUCUGCUGCAGAAGCAAAAUAGUGGUCUAUAUUCCUUUUCUAUUUCUUGUACUGAGAUGAACAGAUGGAAAGAGUUGCAAGAAAAUGGACCUGUUAAAAACUUAAUUGUUUAUCCUCCCCCACCUGCCAAAGGGGGACUAGGUGUCACAAGAGAAGAUUUGGAAUGUUUAGAGUAUGGAGAAUUCCUCAAUGAUGUGAUCAUUGACUUUUACCUUAAGUAUCUGUUAUUGGAAAAAGCCCCCAAAGAACUUGCUGACCGCUCACAUAUAUUUAGCAGUUUCUUUUAUAAGUGCCUGACCAGGACAGAAAAAAACUCUGAAGAAAACCCAAGCCUUUCAAUAGCACAAAGACGACACAGAAGAGUAAAAAGGUGGACUCGCUAUGUAAACAUUUUUAAUAAAGACUACAUCUUUGUACCUGUGAAUGAAGAGUCUCAUUGGUACAUUGCUAUCAUUUGCUUCCCUUGGCUAGAAGAAGUUAUAUAUGAGGAUUCUCCAGACCAAUGUUUACUACAGUCAAACUUCCAUAGAAUUCCUCAUCAGACAGAAAUUAAAAGUGAGGCUGUUAGAACAGAAAGUGUUUUGGUCUUCAAUAAUACCUGGAAUGAUAAAGAAGAACCAGACAUAAAUAGCAACCUACAGGCUAGUGAUAUUCAGCCAGCAACUGUAUCUCCAGGACUGGAUUCUAGUAUGUCAAAAAGCUUCUCAAGCAAUUCUAAAAUCAAGAAAGUUUGUAAAAGGCCAUGUAUCCUCAUCUUAGAUUCUCUGAAGGCGAGUUCUUCAAGGAAUACAGUUCAGGUCUUGAGAGAAUAUCUAGAAGCAGAAUGGGAAGCAAAUUGCAAAACAUGUCGUGAGUUCAGCAAAUCAGUGAUGGUGGAUUUCUGUCCAAGAGUCCCCAAGCAAGAUAACAAUAGUGACUGUGGAGUAUAUUUACUGCAGUAUGUGGAGACUUUCUUCCAGAGCCCUAUUGUUAACUUUGAGUUUCCAAUGCACUUGGAGCGGUGGUUCCCCCGCCAAGUAGUGAGAAGCAAGCGGGAAGAAAUUAGAGACUUGAUCUUGCAACUUCACUUGCAACAGCAGAGUGGCAGCAAAAGCUAGCCAGAUUUUUCUUCUGAUCUUACAAAAGAAGAGUCUUGCUAGAAAUAUUGGAAAUCCAAUCAGCAACAUUUAUGCUUCCAUCCUUGAAAAGAUGAAAAACUGCGCACAAUGUUGAAUAUCAAUGUUUAUAUGAGGCUUUAUAUUUGAUUUGAACUUGCAAGCCAUUCUGGGGAAUGCAGGCAUGUGAAUUGCAAUUAUGUAAUGUAAAUAUUUGUAACAUUUUCCAAUUUGAUGUUUAUAUGCAUAACAGAAAUGUGCUGACUAUUUCUGCUCUAAGUGAUUCAAGGGGUUCAUUCCUACCCUUUUCAAUAGAUCUUGAAAUGUUAGAACUGAGCCUACAUGAGAGAGAAGAGAGUCAUUAUGAUGCCAUCUUAGGGAUCUUUUCCACGUUGAGAAGUCAUACUGAGUACUCUUGCAAAUAACAUAAAAGAUGCAGUGAAAAAGAUUUAUGUUUGUAUUUAAUAUUGAAGAAGAUAUAAAUGUUACUCAUCUGCUUCAGAGUGCUUGACAUAUAUAAACUUUUUUCAGGCUUUGAUGUGCUUUCUAUAUUACAUUUCUAAAACUUGGAGACUGGAAAAAUUACUUUUUGGCCUACAGUUUCCAGAAUACCCCAGCUACUGUGACCACUAGCUAUGGGAUCCUGGGAUUUAUAAGGCACAAAACUAAUUUAAGAACAUGAUAUGGAACUGCCAAAAAUGUAAUGGGUUUUGUUUGGGGUGCCAGAGGAAGCAGAGGCAAUGUCAUUUUUUCCAUUCUAAUGAUCAUUUAGCCUAGAUUUAAAGUCCUAAUCUUUCUGCUGUGCAGUACUUAGUAUGAAUACUGUGUAUUUUUAUAUAUAUUAAUAUAAGGUAUAAGGCCAUAUGGUCUUUGCUGUACUGGGUACACUUGUAGCUUACAUCUGGCGAAGUGUCAUCCUGAUGAAAGUUAUUCUUUGUGUUUUGUGAUAUUUAUAUCAGAAGUGUGGGGAGUAGGCACUUUUAGCACAGUCCUGUGCUCAUAGCUGGGAGUAAUCCCCAUUGAACACAUUUAAGCCAAUUGAUGUAACAAAGUCAACAGAUUUUAUGGAAAGAAUAAUCUUGAGUUUAAAACAAACUAGUACUUUGUUGUUCAAAAGAUUUAUUGUGGUUAUAGACAGUAUGUGUUGAAAAGUUGAAUACUUGUGAAUCUCCCAAAUAGUUACACUUGUCACUGAAGCUAUUCACGGAAUAGGUCUAGAGAAGUAAAGUUCUGUGAAGUGGUCACAUAUUUAAAUUUGGAUUGGGUCCAUAUUUGAUAAGCUAAUAGCACUGACUGAAUAAAUACAGAUAUUUUUUCAGAAA